AUGAACGGAAAAGAAUUAAAUUUUAAUGACUUUGAGGAUACUUUGGGGAUUGGGAAUCGAAUUAUAGUGGAUAACCUUGAUGAUUCGUGGAAUCCUGGAAAAGACUCGGAGUUGGAUCCGAGAGAAAUAUAUAUGAAUCAUUGUUCAAAACUCGGGAUUGAUCCAACUUUUGAAUUUAUUUUCGCUUUGAACGAUAGAAAUAUCAAAUCAUGUAUAUUAUCGAAUAGGAAAAAGCUAUUGACUGACAAGGACAUGGUUUGUAUAGCAACAGCCUUAACAACCAACAAACAUAUCACGGAAUUAGAUAUUAGCGACAACAACAUCACAGAAGAGAGUUCAGUAUGUUUGGGUGACAUGUUGAAAAGAAAUACUGUACUACAAAAAGUGGUUUGUGGAAACAACAAAUUAGGAGAUGAAGGAAUUUCAUACUUAUUUCAAUGUAUUGGAGGAAAUCCGUUCUCAACAAUUAUACAUUUGGACGUUAGAGGAAACAAAAUAAUUAAUAGCUUGUCAAGUCUGAGUUCAGUGUUCACCACCAAUAGAAUUCAUACUUUAAACUUACAAAAUAAUUUGAUUGAUGAAUCAGGUGCAUCUCUGUUAGCAUCCUCACUUUUAAAUAACUCAUCUUUGAAAGUGCUCAAUUUACAACAUAAUAGAAUAGGUGAUAAGGGUGCAACCCAUUUCGGUAAAAUGUUAGCCUCCAACUUUAGUCUUCAAGAGUUAGAUGUUGGAUCCAAUAGAAUUGGUAUUGAGGGUGUUUCAUCGUUAGUGACGGGACUGAAAAAUAACAAGUCACUGUUAAAGCUGAAUCUUAGAUCUAACAAUAUUGGAGAUCCUGGUGCUUAUAUGUUUGCAAAAUCUUUAUCUUUAAACACCAAUGCUCUUGAAGAACUCUAUUUAGGAUUCAAUGGUGUCAGCGUGGAUGGUGCUAUUGCACUGGCUAACAUGUUAAAAUCUAACAAUAGACUGAAAAAGUUUGAUAUUCAAGGAAUCAUGUUAGAUUUAAGUGCAAUGAAGAUUAUUUCUGAAUCUCUUAAAGAAAAUAGCUCACUCUUAAAAUUGUAUUUGGAUAUAGACAGUGAUUCCACUAAAUUAGCUCCUCAGGUGGCCAAAACCAUUUCUGAAGCUUUACAGUCCAACAAUACUCUUCAAGAUUUGAUUAUUGGAGGAGAUAUGGAUUUUGAAGAAGCCUUUAAUCCAAGAUCAAGUAUUCCUCACUCUUCACCUGCCCAACUCUCUCCAAGACGAAUCAAAGACAAUCACAUGACUCAAAGUAUGGUCACAAAAACUGAAAUUCAUUCUUCAGUUGAGAGCUCACCUCGGAUGCAUUAUGGUCACAACUCUAAAAGUUUUAAGGGAAUGUUUGAUGACGUGUUAGAGGAUGGAGAUAUUUCUGAUUUCGAGAGCGAAACUGAUCAUGUUAAAAUGCCUCAACGAUCUCCAGCAAAGAGGAAUGAACAUAAUUCGCAUGCUCACGAAUUUGAUUCGAUGAAAUAUCAAAAGCUCAAUGAAGAUCGAUUUGAAAGAUUAGAACAGUUGGUAUUUUCAAUUCAGAAAGAAACGAGAGACAGUUUGAGCAAAUUAAGUGCACAAGUACGAGAUGAGAUUGAUGGAGUUCGAUCCUUUGCUCUCAACAUUGUCGAUUCAUCCCUAAAAUCAUACCACAAAAACUUUGAAUCCAUUCUAGAACAGUAUGGAACACGUUUGAAUCACUCACCUCUUACUCACCUCAACAAUGUGAGCGUCAAUAGUAGUGGAAUUUCCGACAAAAUGGUCGUUAUGAAUGUGAGCAGCAAUACUGCGGCAAGAGAAUCAUCUGCAUUUUUGGAGCAACUGAAGGCAGAGCUGGAGACCAAGAUUGAAAAUGUAUUAAGAGACAUGGAAGAAAGAUUGAAUGGUAGAAUUUCUGAUGUUGAUUACAGAUUCAAUCAAAGUAUUGCUACACUUCACAAGAGCGUGGAUGAUAAACUUGAAAGACAACAAAAAGUCAUUGGAAGAAUGACAGAAGAGCAAAGAUGGAUCGAAGAGGAAGGAAUCAAAUUGCGUGUGGAGCAUGAAGCAAAAGUUGAAAAUAUGAUCAAGACUCUUAAAACAGAGCUGGAACAAAUGGUUGAGGAAACUAAAAAUCAAAACAAGGAAACAAAAUCAGGGCUGUAUGAGCGAACAAGCUCUUUGGAGAAGAGGAUCGAAGAAUUGCAAAGAAAGGUUAAUGAAGAUGUAACAAAACUGGGCUCCCAAAGUCAAGCAAAAGAUACCAGGUCCACCAAAUUAACAUUGAGCCCUACAAGCUCCAGUGGCAAGAGAGACUCUCCAAAAACAUCCUCUUCUGACUCGGCUUCUGCUCAAAUCAAUCUAAUACAGGCUCUCUUGUCCAAAAGCAAGGAAGUAUUGGAUCGACAAAAUAUACAACCCAACAAAACCAUUGGUGACUCGAGGCAUGGUCGACCUUCUACACCUGCAGAAAGAGAAUAUUAA